AUGAAUCUGCCAUCACUUGCUUCAUAUCCUCCAGCGAAAGUUCGCAAGGACUUAGGACCAAGUGAAUGGGAAGCAUGUCUUGACGCAUGGCUGUCACUUUCAGCCCUUUAUCUGCGUCUCGGAAAGCAGGACUUCGAAAACGCAGCCCGAAACGAGCAAUCUUUGAUUCCCUUUCUUACAUCUUAUUACCAAGUUACAGCUCAAGAACGCCAGCAGCAUGGACAAAGUCAGGGCAAGGAGCACAACCUACGGAGGGCAUGUUUCAUUCUUACUCACAGAAUCCUCUUGACCACUUCCUCUCCUCCGACUCCCCUGCUGCAAUGGGAAUUUCUCUCCGAUUUCAGUCAUGUCUACAUGAAGACCCAAAGCCUGGACUUAUUGUUACAGAAGCUCUGGCAAGCUAGGCACUCUGAUCUUGAUCGUUCUUUACAAAGCUUCCUGUCAUCGACGAUCAAGCAACUUGAAUCAUCGAAGCCUGAUGUAGCUGAGAUCAAUGUGAAGCGCAUUGUUCCUCUCCUUUUCUCUUCUAAUGAGGCUGGUGCAAUCGUUCUGACCAGUUCCGAGCUUGUAGACGCCAUGUCAUCGGCGUAUCAGCGCAGCUCGCCUGAAUUACGGAAGUCACUUGUCUCGGUCUUGUAUCAUGGUCUCCUGUCUUUGACCAAAGGCGACAAGCCCAAUUACUCUCUGCUGUUCGACCAUCUCUACGGCCUGAAGAAUCAAGCUGGUAGUUCGCAAGCAUCGAUCUUGGCAGAUCUGGUAACCAACACUUCUUUGCUAUCCAAGCUGAGAACAGCUGUCGCUGGAAAGAAUGCAGAGCGAGCACAAAACCUAGCAAACACCCUUUCUUCGUUCGUCUCGGCUUCAAUUGCAAGGCCCAAGAAAGUGCGCAAGGUUAAUAAGGGGAAAGGAAAGGCAACAGCAGAAGAGUUUGGGCAUGGUGCUUUCUCGGGCGAGCACCACAUUCAUCGUAUGAGCCUCAUAUCGCAGAUUCAGGAUCUGUUCCCGGACCUCGGCUCAGGAUUCAUUGUCAGAUUACUGGACGAGUACCAUGAGGACGUGGAGCAAGUGACUGCCCAUCUUCUAGAUGACUCGCUACCAAAUCAUCUACUAUCACUCGAUCGAACUGAAGAGCUGUCUACAUCGAAGGCAAGCGCUCAGCAUAUAGAGCAGCAAAAGGUCGAACAGCUGGCACCGCGCAGCACACCGCCUCCACAGCGUCGUAAUGUCUUUGAUGAUGAUGAAUUUGACAGACUUGAGGUGGAUGCUUCACGCCUACAUCUUGGCAGGAAGAACGCAAAACUUACAGCGGAUUCUCUUUUGGAGGACAGAAGCUCUGCGCCUGCCAAGAGCGCCAUUCUUUCAGCUUUGGCUGCAUUCGACUCGGACGAUGAUGAACGUGAUGAUACUUAUGACGAAGCUGACGUGGGAGGCUAUGUUGAUGCAGCCAGACCAGAUGGUGAAGAAUCAAGAGACACCGAUACAGGAAACCAGGGAGAGAAUGAAGAAGCACUGUUCCGUGCCUGGCGCAUGGAUCGAGGAGUCUUUGAGCGGUCAUCAGAAGUUCGUCGCAGCCCAGCUCGUGCGGCUCUCAAGAAUGAGACAGGAAUGCAGGAUGAGGCCAUUGAAGGCUGGGCAGUCAUGCUUGGCCGCGACCCCAGACGACUUAAGCGACUCGAGGCAAGAUACUCUGCUUUCAGUGGCGCACAACCGGAGUUGGAGAGGACCGCUUACAGAGACAGCGAAGCCACGGAAGACUCAGAUAACGGUUCUGGAGGAAGAGGCGGAAGAGGAGGCGGACGUGGAAGGGGUCGUGGUGGACGCGGGCGUGGUAGGGGCGGUCGAGGUGGUGGUAAUCCGGCCGGCCCUCCUAGCGAAAGCAAUACUCAGGCUGCUAGACAACGAAAGGAGACACGCGGAUCAAAUCGUAGGGAAGGGAGAGCAAGAAAAAUGGCCAGAGCUGGCUUCCCUGGUUGA